UUGGAGUUUGUACAGAUAAUCAUAAUCGUGGUGGUGAUGAUGGUGAUGGUGGUGGUGAUCACGUAGCUCUCUGCGCGAUCCUUCAUCAGCCGGCACAGCCAGGGGAGGCGGAGGGACGAGAACCUCUCAUCAGAGGGAAGCCUGUGGCCUUCGGAAAGCACCGUGUCAGGGAAUGGAAUAACAGAGCAGCAAAUCUACACCCCGAGACCCAGCGACCGCCUGGCAGUGCCAUCCUUCCUGCAGAGGGACCGCUUUAACCGAUUCCAGCCAACCUACCCCUACAUGCAGCACGAGAUCGACCUGCCUCCCACCAUCUCGCUGUCGGAUGGGGAAGAGCCCCCCCCGUACCAAGGGCCCUGCACGCGGGACCCUGAGCGGCAAAUGGAGCUCAACAGAGAGUCGGUCCGGGCCCCCCCCAACAGAACCAUCUUUGACAGUGACUUGAUAGAUAACUCCGUGUACGGGGGGCCGUGCCCCCCCAGCAGUAACUCUGGCAUCAGCGCGACCUGCUAUGGGAGCAAUGGUAGGAUGGAGGGACCGCCGCCGACGUACAGCGAGGUGAUAGGGCACUACCCAGGGUCGACGUUUUACCAGCACCAGCAGAACAACGGGAUGUCUUCCAUCUUGGAGGGCAGCAGACUCCAUCAUUCACAAAUCAAUGGCCUUGAGAGCACAACUGCGUGGAACAAAGAGAAAGAGAAUAAGGGCACCCCUUUUAAAAAAAAUAAAUAAAAAAGGAAAAAAAAAAGAAAAAGGCAAGAAAGUAAAUGAAACACUCUGCACUUCUCAUAAAAAGAAAAAGGAGAGAGAGAGAGAGUUGAGGAAGAUGAGCAAAGAAAAAAGCCCUUCCCCAUCUCUCCAUGUAUAAAUAUUUACUUGUUAUGUCUGGUCUGAAUGCACAAGCCUACCAAGCUUGCAAAAACAUUUCUUUAUUGAGCUGUGUCUAGACCUUUAAAAAGGAAAAAAAAAAAAUCAACUGUA